AAGUGAACCAGUCCGUCACGAUGUCGAACUCUGCUUUGAUCACCACGGACCUCUCAGGUCUGACGCUCGUGUCGAGGGGCAAGGUCCGCGACGUCUAUGCAACAUCGAACCCGGAUCAGCUGCUCUUUGUGGCGACAGACCGCAUCUCUGCCUUCGAUGUCGUCCUGCGAAAUGGCGUUCCGGACAAGGGCAAGGUUCUUACGAAAAUCUCCCUCUUCUGGUUCGAGAAGCUGAAGGAUAUCAUCCCGACGCACUUCAUCACCGCGAACGUGGAUGAGAUGCCGGAGGAGGUGAGAAAAUAUAAAGUGCAGCUGGAAGGACGGGCUAUGCUGGUCAAGAAGGCGAAGGUUGUCCCGUUGGAGGCUAUUGUACGAGGAUACAUCACAGGUUCAGGCUGGAUGGAAUAUCAGAUGUCGGAUAUGGUGCAUGGCAUCCCGCUGCCUCCGGGCCUUGUAGAGUCCGAAAAGUUGCCCAAGCCUCUGUUUACGCCCUCCACCAAAGCUGAGCAAGGACAGCAUGACGAAAACAUCUCUCCUCAACGAGCCGCUACAUUGAUUGGCCAGAAACUGUAUGACCAGAUCUCAAAAGCCGCUAUUCAGCUGUACCAGGCGGCAGCGGACUACGCUCUCACGCGCGGGCUGAUCCUCGCGGAUACGAAGUUCGAGUUCGGACUGGUUCCUUCGCCCUCAGGCGAGGACCAACUGAUCCUCGUGGACGAGCUCCUGACCCCGGAUUCCUCACGCUACUGGCCUGCGGAGGGCUACCAGGCCGGCGGUACCCAGCCGAGCUUCGAUAAGCAAUAUCUCAGGGACUGGCUCGUCAGCACCGGAUUUCGCAGGGGCUUGGAAAGUGGCCCUAAGGGACAUGAAGGUGAAGGCUGGGUUAUGGAACAGAGUGUGGUGGAGGGGACAAGGAAGCGCUAUAUGGAGGCGUUGACUAUGUUGAUGGGCGAGGGCGCUGCGUUUUGACUAUAGCUAUAACUUAUUAGAAGCCGUUAAAUCGGAUGAAAGGCUGCACUGCCUCGAUUAACACAACAACAUGUUACCGGUAUGUCCCAGAACGGCACUGAACAAGCCAUUCUAACCUUGCG